AUGCAUGUAUCUUGACUGAUAGUCGUAGCACCAUCAGUCCACUGUGCUCAAAAUUAGCACCAUUGCUUUGAAACGUCAACACCAUAGUCAUUCUCCUCACUCUACUUCAAAAUGCGUGUUCAAACCCUUCUUACUGCUGUCGCCGCUUGCGCUUCAUUGGCUUACGCCGCGCCGGUUGCCGCUGAGGCGUACGGCCCUCCUCUCAACCCUCACAUCCCGGCCGUUGAGUCCAAACGAGAAAACACGGUUGAAGCCUAUGGUCCUCCCGUCAAUCCUCACAUUAUCUCGAAAAAGGAUGCUGUUGAGGCUUACGGCCCUCCCACCAAUCCUCACAUCAUUUCAAAGAAGGACACUGUUGUCGAAGCUUACGGUCCUCCUCUGAACCCGCAUAUCCCCGCCGUUGAUACCAAGAGAGACGCGGCCGAAGCUUACGGUCCUCCCACGAACCCUCACAUCAUUUCGAAGGAGUAGGGAAGUCGAAGAAGAGUUUCGUACAAAAGGAGCAGCAAGGCAACGGUCGAAGAAAGCAAGAGGCGAGGAACUGUGGGAUUGUUUGGAUGGCCCGCUGAAAUAGACGUAUUUUACUACUUGGAGGACACAGAAGUACUAUUUAAACAAUAUGAAGCCAAACAAAAGGAAUUAACUCAAGCUCAGUAAGGUAUUUAAGGCUGCAAAAGACAAAAAAGGGAUGUGCGCGACGUUUAGACCAUUUCCGAGUUUAUUUUACUUCAUGGUGGCACUAUAGUUGCUGCAAAAUCAAAGGAUUUCCGAAACCGAGAAUCGAACUCGGGGCUAUGCCUAACCUCUCCAGAUAAUGAGAGGGCAUCAUGUUGGCCACUACACC